AUGAGGUUUUUGUGCUUGCAUGGUCGAGGGACCUGUGCUCAGCAUGAGAAUAAUACGAGCAUAUCAGCUGACAGCAUUGCCCUCCAGGCCCUGGAGAUGCAAAGUAGCAGCCUUAGGAACCAUCUCGAGGGUCACGAAUUUGUUUUCGUCAAUGGCACGGUGCCAACGAAACCAGUUGACGACCACGCUUCCAGGAUCAUGGACGAGCACUACGGUUACAUUAUGGAUGGGCCAGACGCUGAUCAAUGCCGAGAGCUUUUGUCAACCAUGAUCGAGUUUGUCCAUGACAACGGCCCCUUUGACGGGGUUUUUGGGUUUUCGGAAGGUGGUAUGAUUGCAGCUCUGCUCCUUGUUGAGGACGCACGCAGGCCAUUCGCAGGCUUCCGGUGCGGGAUUCUGUUUAGUGCUGCUCCACCCUUUGAUCCUGACAUUUCUCAGACUACAGAUGAUAACGUUCGAGCACUUGGGAUGAAUGCUACGGAAGAUGGUGUCAUUAUCAAGGUACCGACAGCGCAUAUCCGCGAAUCUAGCCCACCGCCGUGGCUCUGGCGCUUCUCCCCGCUCGCUCCUCUCUGGGCGAAGCAUGAUAUGGGCAACCCGACCCGCCUCAACGAGGCAAUGAUUGGGUUGUGCGAUGGCGGUGUACGUGAGGUGUUUACACAUCAUCAUGUAGGCCAUGAUAUCCCUGGUACUAAGUCCAAAAUGGAGCUAGCCGGAGCAUUGAGAGCUAUCGAGAGAACAAUCGAGCGAUGCCAAGAUUCGUGA